AGGCCUUUGUCUCCCUCAACAUUCCCUCCCUCUCUCUCUCUCUUCUCUCUCUCUCUAAACAAUUCUCUUUCCCAUCUUCCUUGUAGAAACUGGGACCCUCUCUGCUCACAAAAUACUCAUUCCCAUAUACCGCCUCAUUAUUAUAUCUUCUUCAAGCAGCAACCUAUUCACUCAAAACACUCAACUCUCACUCACUUUCUCUUCACUCUCUCACUCACUCACUCUCUCUCUCUCUCUUUUCAAACAAUUAACAUGGCAGGUACCGCCGAAGGAGCUGGCUUCUGGCUGCCCUCCGAGUUCCUAGACGACUUCCUCGUCGACAAAGAAAAUCUCAAUCUCACUGAGUCCGACUCCGAGUUCCGCUUCCCCAACGAGUUCCCUUACGAUUUCGGAACUAAAAGCGACGAGCUUCUCGAGUUUUCGCAGAAGCGGUGGGUGAUGUCGACGUCGCCGCAGUCGACGCUGUCGCGCAUGAGCAGCUGGACGGGGCGGAGCGCCGGCGGGUCGACCAACGGCAGCCCGAACGGCUUCCCCUCGCCCCCGACGACGCCCAAAAACGACGCCGUCGGAGACCUGAUUUACCUCGCCGCCGGCCAGGUCGCCAAGCUCAAGCUCGCCGCGGGCCCCACCAAACACAAGGGCCUCGUGGGCCCACCGAGAGCCCCCGACCACCUCUACCCCGCGGCCAAAACCCCCGAUCCCUCUCUUGUCCACAGCAUUUAUUUGCAGCAGCAGAUGGCGAAGCAGCAGAAACAGGGGUGUGAGAUGUGGCCGCAGAUGUACCAAAUGAGAACGGGUCAGGAUGCAUGGCCCGUGCAGCCAAACCCGGCCCGCGUCCCCGGGCCGGGCGGAAGGGCGGCGGUUUAUGGCGGCGGCGGCGGUGCGGCGGUGAAAAGGGGGUGCGCUGGCACAGGGGUGUUUCUGCCACGGCGAUAUGGGAAUAAUAAUAAUAUUAAUAUUAAUAAUAAUAACAUUAUUAUUAAUAAUAAUAAUGGCUGUAACGCUUACGCUUCGGAUUCUCGCAAGAAGCCAGCAGGUUAUUCAGCUGCUUCUAUUCCAAACAGAAAUGUUCAUGCUUUAAACAAGAACUUUGAUACCAUGAAUGGUUUUGCUCAAUCUCAACCACACUACCAGCCCAAGUUCAUCCCCGAAUACGAUUUGUUGGUGGCACGAAGGAAUGCGUUGGUGUUGCAACACCGGCUGCUCGAGGGCUCGUCCCCGAUGAACCGCGGUGCUUACCUCCCUCAGGAGUGGACCUAUUGAUGAAGGUGCACUCUGAUGCUCUAGGAUGGUGUUUUUGCCUUUUUUGUGGGAUUGGUAGAAAGGAACAACCUACAAAGCUAAAACUAGGUUGAUCUACAUGGUAGAAGCAUAUGGUGUUUGCUUUUUCUUGAAGAUUUACCAGUCAAAUAUUUGAUGGAGUGUGUAGUUAGGGAUGGGGUAAUAAUAGAAAAUCCCAUGUUCUUUUUCCUUCUUUUUGAGAUUGCAUCUUUCUUUACUAGUUUACUUUGUAAUAGGAAGAAGAGUAGGAAGUAUUAUAGAAAAGUUAGUUGAGAGGGGAGGGGUGUAAUGUUUUCAAGGAAUAAGUGGGUUUAGCUUCUUCCUAUGUGUGAAAUAGGUAUGUUGGGAAAAAAAAAAUUACCAAGAGAUGUGGGGUGUGAGUUUUAGUUAAUUUGGGCAUGUUUUAGUAACUAGCAAGAGUGAAGAGAAAUCCACAAUGCCCCUUUUGCUCAUGUAAUAGAGUAGUCAAUUGCUGAAGUAUAAAUGUAAUAAAAAUGGUAGCUUUGCUUAUUAAUGUAACAUAUUUAACUAUUUAUUACCAGUCUGCCUUCUUUGAAUUA